AUGAGAAGAAUUGUGUUACAUCAGAUUAUUGCCAGGUUUGACGCCAAUAAAUCGACCAAGGGUGCCUCGAAGCUGCGCCGUGAUUUAAUCAACGCCGAAAUCGCCAAUUUGCGCGACCUUUUGCCGCUGCCGCAGUCGACGCGUCAGCGCUUAUCACAACUACAGCUGAUGGCAUUGGUGUGUGUCUAUGUGCGUAAGGCCAAUUAUUUUCAACAAGUUUUUAAACGGCAUGACAUUUCAAUACAUCAUGCACCAACGCCAAAUAUAGGCUUUUCUAAGGCACUCUCAGGUUUCCUCAUGAUGCUGACGCAAAACGGGAAAUUGCUUUAUAUAUCCGAUAAUGCAGCCGAAUAUUUGGGACAUUCAAUGGAAGAUCUCCUCAUUCACGGCGAUUCCGUUUACGAUAUCAUUGACAAACAGGAUCACGCAACCAUACAAGCCGAAUUAAAUCGCAAUGUGCCACCACAACCGGGCCAUAAUCAACACGCAAGCGCUGCCUCAGCAGCCGCCGCGGCAGCAGCGGCGAUCAAUAGCUUGGAGGGCGAACAUCGCAUGUUUUUAUGCCGCAUGAAUGUCAGUCGAAAUGCGCGACGGCAAAUGCGCUUCGGUGAUCAGAAGGUUGUGCUAGUUCAGGGUCACUAUCUGUCAUAUCUGCCGCUCUGCAGCCGCAACGAGCCGGUCUUUUUGGCCACAUGCACACCCAUUGCCAUGCCGGAGACGCGCGAGUGUGUGGUGCAGGGUGCCACCAAUGUCUUUACCACCAUACAUUCGAUGGAUAUGAAAAUUGCACAUAUCGAUAAAAACGGCGAAUUUCAUUUAGGUUACAGCAAAAGUGAUAUACACGGACUCUCUUGGUACAAUCUCUUGCAUUCGGAGAAUUUGCGUGAGGCGCAAAGCAAACACCGACUGAUAACUCAAUCUGAGCAGGAUCGCUCUUGUAUUCUAUUGGUGCGCAUGCAACGAAGACAUGGCGAUUUUAUUUGGGUGCAUGUGGUACUGCAAGUACGCGAUAGUCAAGACACAAACCAGCAGCCGGUUAUUGUGUGCACGAACCAGGUUUUAAACGAACGUGAGGCUUCGGUUAUGCUCGCCAAUUCGUGGCUCUACCAUUACUAUUCGGUGCAGUCGAAGAUACAAUUCGGACUCGCUUUCGAUGCGCCCACACGUGUGCCACCGACAACACCGGCUGCAGCAGCCGCAGCGGCAGUCUAUUACCAUCAUCACGCACACCACCCCGCGCAUUCGCAUUUGCAUCACCAUCACACGGGCGCCGGCAGCACCACGGCCACACUACCUGCUACCGCAACGGCGGGUUAUGCCGCCGCAUUGCAUCCACAUCAAACACAUACACAUUUGCACCACACGCAACACCAACACCUACAUCCACACACACAUACACAUGCGCAUCAUCAAUAUCAUCACAUGACGACGGCAUCGUAUGGCGCAUAUCAUACGCCCACCGGUGCGACCAGCGGUGGCAGCAUGAGUGUGGGGAGUGGCAGUUGUGGUAGCGCGGAAAGCUCACCAGCGCCGCAUUUGAGUGGUCAACAAGGCCAACAGUUGCAACAUCAUUUACAAAGUAAUGGUGCUAUGGCGAUGACGGGACAUGCGAGUGUCAGCAAUGGCGCAGCCGUCGGUCAGUAUAUAUGUCACCAUCGUAUCGGUGCGGAACCAGUCGAUUAUAGUCAAGUGCCUGGCGUCAUCGGUGCUCCAGCGAUCGGCUUGAAUGGUGCACGGUCACCUUCUAAUGGUCAAGUGGAUGGACAAAUGCGUUGCAGCAGCACGAAUAGUUCCGUCUCCAGUCAUAAUGCUGCCACGCCACAUUAUGUCACGCACAACAACAAUAGCAGCGGCAAUAAUAAACACAACAACAGCAGUAGCGCCAAUCACAGCAGCUCCAACAAUAAUCACAACAGCGCACACAAUCAUAAUCUCAACAGUGCUGCUAAUAUCAAUACAAAUGGCAAUGCGAGCUCCACGCAACAUCAGCGCCUCAGUUCGCCACCCUCCAAGCGACGCGCAAUCGGCAAACUGGAACCACUCUAUCUACCAGAUGACGCGAAUGAGGACACGCCAACAACAGUAACCGAAAUCGAUACACCUUACCACCUGCACCCACAUUCGCUUAUUGGCGCUCCGGCCGAGUCGCAUGCAUCGGUUAUAUUCGCUACCGUUGUGCCGACACGUCCGCGUCUCAUACAAAAGUCACUACCCAACGAACCGCCUGACUUCAUCGACCAAUGGAAUCCCAGUCCACCCUGGUCGGAGUCCGCACAAAAACUCUCACUUGACAGUUCAUCGUCCACACAGCAGGAGCUUAGCCCUUGUAUUACAACCACACCACCUACACCGACAAGCGCGCCGCCUACAGGUACACUUGGUUCGAAUUACGGUAGCCUACACACGCUGGGUCCAGCUUUCUCUUUCGAAUGGAUGUCCGAUCCGUUGGUACCAGUUGCAGAUCCAUAUGUGUCCUGUAUUACACCACCCGAUGGUGUACCGCUCGUUGUCGCUCAUCAUCCACAUUCAACAACGACAGCGCAGCAGUCUUUCCAUUGGCCCACAAACACUACGCCGUCAGAACAUCAUCAGCAUUUGAGUCAACAUUUGGCUUCACAUGGUCAUCGUUUGCUUACACUAUCGAGCACGGGUGCUGUAGAUGCAAUGCAACAAACGACAAAUGUAAUAACUAGCGGUGAUACAAGAAAUGCGCGGACGAAAUCUCCAGAAGUCACCGAGCGAAAAGAAUCGCCACGCAAAUAAAUCAGCACAACAACGCUAACAGAAUUCUAACCUAAAAAUAGCCGCUCGCCCGCUAAUGGAACAGUUGGGUGCAAUAAAAAAUAGCAAAUAAAACCAAAUAAAGCUUUAUGGAUUUGUAUAAACAAAAAUAUUUACAUGCAUAAGUAUGUAUUUAUUAAAAUUAAAUUUUAUUAGUACUCACACAGAUUAAUUGUCCAAAUUUAAAGCAUUUAAUGGGAAAAAUAUUGACAGCUGGCAAUAAGUUUGACUAAAAUGUAUUGAACACAACAAAAAUGUGUAAUCAUCAUUAGAAAAUUAAUGCAACGCAUACAAAAGAGUCUGCAACAAGAAUAACUGUUAAUUUUAUUAACACCAUAGGAUAAACAAAUAAUAAUUAAAUAAGCAAAAACUAAUGAAUUGAGAAAUGUGACACGUUAAACAACAAAAACAACGCAAUUAAAUAUUUAUUAUUAAAUUUUUGUUGCUACAUAGUGGUUUUGUACUAAUAACUGUAAAUAAGUAAUUUUCUAUGUAAACAUUUAAAAAUAACUAUCCUACAAGAACAGUGACAGUCAUCUGUCUGGUCAGUCUGGUAAUAUGACAGUCACAGCUGAAAAAAUUUUGUCAGCGCCCAGAACAAAGUUUCGAUCAUUUUCUUAGGAGAAUUGUGCAAAAACUGAUGUAAAUAAACGCAGGUGUGUGAUUUUGCAUCUCUCUUUAAUACAUGGUUAUUCGGAAGAGAUUCACUAUAUAUCUAUGCUGCUCACUCUCAUGCCUUUCUCUAAGUCAUUGCUGAUCAUAAAUUCAUCAAAGCUGAAAAUUGUCAGUUAUGACUGAAAAGCUAUCAAAGCUGCAAUUUGUCACUGUAAAUCUAUCACAAGUGAAAAGUAUUUUUGCGCAGUGCAUAAAACAAUAAAUUUAAUAAAUUCAAAACUUUUAAUUAAAAUUAGUUAUAAUAAUAAACAAAAAUAUAAUUAAUUAUUAAAUUAUUAAAAGAAAAGUUCAUUUAAUUCCAUGUUCGCUCCUCUCAAAAGGAGGUGUUUCUCCAGUUGAUGAAAUGCCUAUAUUAAAAUGAAAAUAAGCUAAAAAUAUAAUUUUAUUUGAAACUUCAUAAUAACUUAUGUAUAUAAUAUUUGAAACAUGCUUCGUUGUUUAUUUAGUUUUUUUUUUUAAACAAAAAGAGUUUUUGCACAAAAGUACUCCACACUUUUAGUUGAUCACACGGAAUAACAGCUACAUAGGUAUUUAACAGCUUCUCGAAACUACUACGGAAAUGUGUGCCAUCUCUUUUCGACGUAUACAUAAUUUGCUUUUGGAAAAAUCGUAAACAUUUAUUGUUCAUAUUACUGUCAGUGGUGACAAGAAUGCAGCUAUUUCAUUCUUACAUAAAUAAAGAUUUAGUAAGCAAUAUAAAUCGUAAGUGACGGUCAAUUUACCCGUCAAUUGACCGUCAGUACUGACAUAACAAAUCUGAGUGUUUUGGUGAACCCAUCAGCAGUUUCUUGUAGGGUAUAUAUAUAUAUACAUAUAUGCACAUAUACCAAAAUACAUAUAUAUAUAUAUGCAUAGCGUAUGUAAUGGUUGCUUUUAUGUGUAUGUAUGUGUGUAACGGCAAAUAUAAUUGCAAAUAAAUUUUUAUUGCCAAUUAUUCUGUUAUAAUUGGUAUUAGUAACGUCAAGCGCGGGUGUAUAAAAGAAUGUCUAUUUGAAAUUUACAAGCCCAUGCACACAUAUGUAUGUGUGUGUAUUAUAUAUACCAUAUAGUAUAUUGGGAAAAUUGAAAUUAGCAAAGUCGUCAAAAAUUAUUGAAAGCUGUUGUGAAGUGCGAAAUUAUGAACACAAAUAGAAUAUGUAUGUAUGUAUAUACCAGUGCCGGAUCUAAAAUUUCUUUCUGGGGGAGUUUUUACUUCCAACAUAUUUUUAAUACUGAUCUUACUUCAUAAAUUCUACUAAAUUUGAAUUGAAAUCUCCGUUGUUGUUUUGUUUUUUUUGGAGGAGGGUUAGCUUAUUUGUCCCCCAAACCGUCGUGGAUCCGCCACUGAUAUAUACAGAUAUAAAUAUACACACAUAUUAGUGCACAAGCACUUGUUAAAAUAGACGACUAAUUUAUUUUAAGCUUUUCUACAUUAAAAUUAUAUUUAUUUUUAAUGUUUUUAGGUAUUUAUUUUUAACCUCUAACUUUACUACCCCGUAUGUGCAGAGUAUGUUUUUGCAAUUUAGACCAAGCUUAGAUAAAAAUUCGAAAAUUAGUGCAAUUUUAAAUGUUUAUUUGUUUCGCUAAGUUAUACAUUAUUUAUAAAUAAAGUUAUUAGUUAGCUGAUAAGCAGCAACGGAAACAUUGUAAAGACAAUAAACAUGCAAUAAAAUUUUAUUUUUAAGUGGCAAUAUAGCAAUUUAAAUGUGUUUAUGUAUGUAUGUGUGUGACAUUUUUAAGUGCAACUAUAUGUGAAAAUAUUUUUAUGUGAAAAAUUUUUUUUAAAUCUUUUUUAAGUAACUGUAUUUAUUACUUUAUAUUUUACAACUAAUACACAUAUAUUAGCAUAAGCUUUGUAAGAAAUAUAUAAGUAAAUUAUUUAUGUCUACAAAGUAACAGGCAGUUGUGUAUAGCAAGCAAAUUGAGAAGAAAUAACGGUAUAUCAUUGUAAAAUAAAGGAGUGUAUAAAUAAAAUUUUAUAUAUAUGCAAAA